GCGUGCGUUCGUUGGCGUCUGCUUGUCUAUUGAGAUUUUCCCCGUCUUCCACUGUUCUUCCUCCUCUCGCCGUCCUCAUAAUUUGUCUCUUCCCUAAUUUCUGCCCCCAAUUUCGUCCCUUCUAAGCUCACGAAUUUGUCGCCGUUCUUCCUUGCGAUCUCUUGCGGUCGUCCAUCAUCAUCGGCGGCCUCGCGCUAUCGCCGCCGGCGCUGGGGGCGCCGGGAGCCUUCUCUCGUCGAGAGGCGUCGCGGCACCCCUCUCGCCUCCCUCCGACUCCCCGCGUGCUGGAUUAGCGUACGAGCGGCGUAGAUCCAUCCGGGUUUGGAUUGAUUUCUUCUUUUCUGUCGGUACUUGUUCUUCAUCAGAGCUCAAGAUCAAUAUGAGUUGAAUUGAUUUAAUUUGGUACCCUAGGUGUGGGUGCAGACGUGCAGUUACCUUUUUUUCAGAAAUUUGUGGGCUCCAACUGAAUUCCGAUGCCCUAUAUCAAGUCUGCCGCUGCUCCUCUGAUAGAAAAUUUUCAAUUAGGUUUUAGCUGACCAGGCAGGGUAAUUUUUUUGGUUUCAAAUAUGGAGCACCUUCCUGUUGAAGUCAUUGGCAACAUUCUUGCACAUCUUAGCGCUGCACGCGAUGUCAUGGUUGCCUCUGCAGUGUGCCGGAAGUGGCGGACGGCAUGCAGGAAGCACCUCCAUUCACUAUCAUUCAAUUCUGAUGACUUCCCUCGGGACAUGACUACACGCCAGCUGGAGAUUGUCAUCACACAGACUAUAUUUCAGACCAUGGGACUGCAGUACCUCUCUAUUCAUAUAGAUAGUACCCAUGAGUUCUCUGCAGCACCUGUUAUUUCAUGGCUCAUGUAUACUAGGGAAACGCUCCGGAGCUUGUCUUACAAUGUUCGGACAAACCCUAAUGUAAACAUCCUGGAAAAAUGUGGCAGGCAGAAGUUGGAGGUGUUGGAUUUAGACCAUAACACAAUCACCGGUGUUGAACCAAGCUAUCAGAGAUUUACUUGUCUGAAAUCCCUUUCUUUAAGGCAUGUGAGCAUUUCAGCCUUGGAUUUGAACCUUUUAGUGGCUGCUUGCCCAAAGAUGGAGUCACUAGCACUUGAUUUCCUUGAGGUUGUCACAUCAGAUUCACAGUCUACAAUGGAGCUGACUAGCCAUACCUUGAAGAGCCUAUUUGCAAAAUCUGUUGGUGUGGACAAGAUCAUACUUGAUGCAGAUAAUCUGGAAGUCCUCAACCUUAAUGCUUUGAACCUUGAUUUGUUUGAGCUCAUUGGGAAAGGUACACUAAAGCAUCUCAAGAUUGAUGAUGUUAGUGUUACACAUAUGGACAUUGGGGAGAGCACAGAUCAUCUGGAGGUAGUGGAUGUGAGUAACUUUACUAUAGUCCGGCCAAAGCUGUACAGUAUGAUAUCCAGAGCAUCUAACUUGCGGAUGCUACGAUUUUGGGGUGUUGUGUUUGAUGAUGAGGAUGAGAUUGUGGACUCAGAAACUAUUGCUGUGUCAUUUCCUCUUCUAAGGCAUCUUUCAUUGAGUUAUGAGUUAAGAGAUGGGCUACUUCAUUAUAGCCUGCAAGGAUCGUCACCACUGGAGAAUGUUUCAAUCUUGGAACUUGGUUGGACGGUUAUAAGUGAGCAUUUUGGACCAUGGGUUUUUGGAAUGAUUGAGAGGUGCCCAAAUCUCAAGAAACUUGUCAUUCAUGGUGUUCUUUCUGAGGCAAAAACACGUGAAGAGCGCCAGAUGUUAGCAAGCUUUACCUCAUUUAUAGUCUGUCUCAUGAGGAAGUAUGUGCAUGUUGAUGUACAGUUUGAGUACGAGUGAUCAUCGUCCAGGUUGAGUGGGCAUUCUUGCCCUAGCUCAUUCAAGUCAUGCCAUGAGCGAAGCAUAUCUGGUUUGUUGCUGCAUUACAUGAUGGACAAAGUUUUGGAGAUUCGCCAUUUUGUGUUAUUUCACUCAAUCCAUCCAUAAAUAUAGAUCAUUAUUGUCUUACAAUUCCCUAUGAUAUUGUGAGUACAUUUUUCAUGAUAUUAAGAGAACAACAAAAUAAUAUAUAUUAUGGAGGUACCUUGCAAGACAAAUCCGGUGAAUUACUUUUAUGUAGACAAGUCAUUUAAUUCCAGUUCUACACAUACAGUCAUAGUUCUUUCCUCAUUGGCGCCACAAUGGCCAACAUUUGUGGACAGAGGAUGUAACCCUUUAGAGAUAUGAAAAGAAAAUAUAAGACGUCCUGAAUUUUUUGUACUUCUAUCAUGGCAUGAUAGCAACUAGCAAGCAGCUAAAAAAUCUGUAGCUACGCACUUGACAUCUAAUCAAUCAUGCCCAUGACUUACUUACAUUAAGCAGGCUAACCUAGCUUAGGGUUUUUUUUCCUUGAUGCUUAAGUCGUACUCCCUCCGGUUCCAUAAUAUUUGCUGUUUUGGACAAGACUGACGUCAAACUUUAAUUAACUUUGACUAUGAAUAACCUUUAAAAUAUUUACCUUAGAAGCAUGGAGACUAUAUGCAUAGAAUAAUCUUGAAAGGCACUUCAAUAAAAUCAUAUAUUUGUUGAUAUUUCUAUAUAUAUAUGGUAAUAGGAAAUAGUGGUUAAAGUUGUUUUCAGGAGAUGUUCCUUGUCCAAAACUAGUAUGGAACCAGAGUGAGUAAUAAUAUAGUAUAUUUAAAAUUUAGUAUUGUAUUCCCAUAAAACAUUGUGUUGGUCAAAGAACUGCAGUAAGGAAGUACUUCUAUCUUGCUGUAGUAGCAACUAGUAAGCAGCUAACAAAACCAGUGCAUAUAUAUUUGAUGUCCACCCAUCUCUGUCCAUGAUUUUCUUAUAAUAAAGCAGGCUACCGACCUACUGUGCCUGUGUUUGUUGCUUAUCUUGAUUGAAUGCUUAACUGGUAAUGAUGGAAGACUUCUAUAGAUGUAGUGACUGUAUAACCAAUAAAAAAUUUUGUUUUUGGAAGAACUGCAGUAAGGAAAUGAUGCACAUGCACAGUCAAGCAUUUUUGAUUUGUUUCAGUUGUGUUCCUAAUAAUUUUAAUGUAACCAUCUGCAGUCUUCUCACACACCAUUCUAGGAUUGAAGAUUGACAGAUUAAACUGAGAAAAGUAGUAAAUGACACACACAAAAGUACAAAGUACCAUAGAUUGACUAUGCUUUGAUGCAUUUGGUUGUUUGGUUCUUCAUUAUUUUCCCUAGGGGCCAAUCUGACUUCUCUGUAUGUAAAGCAUUAAUAUCCACAACAAAGAAAGAAUUAGGCACCACAAGCUAAUCACAUGUUUUAGCAAUUGAGAUCUGUCAAAGUAACUUCCAUCCUAUAAAUAUCCGUGUAGUAACGUUGACAUUGAUAUUAGGCAUAUGAUGUAACAUUUUCAUUGGAGGAUAUGGACUAUGGAGACACAACAUUAGUUUUCCUGGUAUCAAGUUUAUAUUGUUUCUAAGUUUAUUGAUAGUUUUUAAGUUUAUAUUGUUUUCGUGUGUCUCAAACACCAUUAUUCUAUUAAGGUCACAUGAUCUGCAUGGAUCAGGACCAGUACUGGAGGCCUCUUAAUGGCCCUGUCUAACUGGUGAAUGUACUUGUUAUUCAACUUCUAUGUCUCUUAGUUGAUUAACUCUUUUAGACUUUUAGUAUCCAUGUGACUGCCAUUCCAACUUUUAGUAUUGCAGUUAAAUCUUUUGAGUGAUCAGCAAACCAUUGUGAUUCUUGUGACAAGUGAAGACGCUGGUAUCAUUUCAAUGUUUUAUAAGCUUUAGGUUCCGGAAGUAAUUCUUCUUAUCUUGAACUUUUAUGACCAGUUAUCAUUCAUAAAUAAGUUGGAAUAUCUGUACCAUAGGAUCUAUUUGCUUCAAGGAAAAGGAAAUUAUUAGGUUUAUUUGAUUCCAUCUACCUUUCGCAAUGGCAUGUUCCUCAAGCACUAAUUCUGCAAAACAAUUGUGGCAGACAAAGCCGCUCUUUUUUUGUCUUUUUACCUUUUCCUUUUUCUGGGGGACUACCUUGCAGUUGCAGGCCCUGUUAUCAACUGUGCUGCACUGUUUUACAAUUAACCGUGUAUCUGAAAUCUUUCAGCUCCUAGAAAGAACUGUUGUGUGCCAGUUCUGGGCUUGGCAUUACUUCACGAGGUUUUCAUGAUAAUAGAUGGUUACUUGUUUCCUUAUGGUUAUUUUAUGACAAAUACUCGUUAAAAAUAAUUUCUGAAUGAGAUUGAUAAUUGUAGCUAUAAAUUUUGUUGUAAAUAUAUAGGUCUGGUAGGUUUUGUUAGCCUCAUCACCAUGCAUCUGAAGAAAGAUACUAACACAGAUAUCAUGUAGCUUUUUUUUAGACUUGAUAUUUGUAAGCUCCUCCAAUAUUUUCAUCUGUUAAAUGCACGUACAUUUUUAUUAGCAUCGCUUAUUAUUUGCUCGAAGCCUGAUGGUUUUUGAUGCAUC